CUGGAUCCUGCUGCCAGUCAGCUGAACUCCAAUGAUGCCUUUGUCCUGAAAACUCCCUCUGCUGCAUACCUUUGGGUCGGCCAAGGAGCCAGCGAUGCUGAGAAAUCAGGGGCACAAGAGCUGCUGAAGAUCCUCGGAGCUCGCCCAGUGCAGGUUUCUGAGGGCAGAGAGCCAGAUAAUUUCUGGGCAGCUUUGGGUGGAAAAGCUGCUUACCGUACCUCUCCCCGGCUAAAGGACAAGAAGAUGGAUGCUCACCCCCCUCGUCUUUUUGCAUGCUCCAACAAGAGUGGACGCUUCACUAUUGAAGAAGUUCCUGGAGAUCUGACUCAGGAAGAUCUUGCUACAGACGAUGUUAUGCUCCUUGACACAUGGGAUCAGGUCUUUGUAUGGAUUGGAAAAGAGGCCCAAGAGGAAGAGAAGACUGAGGCUUUGAAAUCUGCCAAGCGGUACAUUGAAACCGACCCGGCCAGCCGAGAUAAGCGCACUCCAGUCACAGUCGUUAAGCAAGGGUUUGAGCCACCCACCUUCUCCGGCUGGUUCCUGGGCUGGGAUGAUGACUACUGGUCCGUGGAUCCUCUACAGCGAGCAAUGGCAGAUGUGGAUGUCUAAGAAACGAGGUUUUCCUUUUUUUUAAAAAAAAAUGGAGCAAGUUUAGUGCCUUCAAUGCCUUCAAGAGCUACUUCCUCCUGCAGGAUGCAUGUUAACAAGGCAAUGAUGUUAAUAGCCAAUUAGCUGUGCAAUAAUUACCGAAAACAGUCAUGACCAGUCAUUGACCCUACUUUUUGCUUUGAUUAUAUUUAAUACAAUAAAGCUUGUACGGAAUACAUGAAGAAAAAUGGUGGCGUUUGUUACUAAGAAGGAAACAUUAAAUAGAACCUGUAGUUUCCACACUUGAAAAUGCUUGAAGCAAAUACACCUUAGAAAACAAAA